CUCAAAGCAAAUAGAAAAUAAAAUGAAAAAGGUAUUGAUCGGCUGAAAACAUCCUAAUAGUCAUAGUCGUCGGUAGACCGCUGGUCCGAUUUUGAAAAUUAAUUCCACCUUUUCCCCCUUCCGAGUUCCGAUACCCUAAACAGAAGAUUUUUAUAUGUGUCGUCCCAUAUCUUUGGUUUGAUCGCCAUACGUGCUGCCAAGGAGUUAUGUCUCUUGCACAACCUUAUAGACCAAAAAGUCAUCACUUUUACAGUGGUGGAAAGUCCAACAGGAACAUGAGCGUCAGAGCAACAGCUGCUGCGAACUACAGCGGGAGAUAUGAUAACCACCUAUAUGAUUCAAAUUUUUACGCAAAGAAUCCUGACCCCUACACUGAAUUCUCCACAAGCUCAAUGCAGUGUGGACCUAGUUAUGAAGGCGUCUGGCCUGAAGCUGUACCUCCUUCAAAAAGAAGAAAGUUUUCAGACUUCUCUUGUGAAAGCACUCGGAGACCCUAUCAGCAACUACUCUAUUGUGGACGUGGCCUUCAAAAUCAUGCUGUUCUUCGGCAACGGGUACCUCAUCAGUUCUCCAGAUAUUUCUGCCACAGCUCUGUAGUCCAUGACAGCAGUUCGGCUUUUAUUGGUGCAAGUGAUUCCAGUACUUAUGCUUCAGCUCCCUCCAAACGCAAUCGAUUGGAAUUUGAGGAUGAUGAAGUGGUUUUUAUGUCAAGGGACGAGAUAGAGAGGUGCUCUCCUUCAAGAAAAGAUGGCAUUGAUGUGCUGCAUGAGACGCGUCUCAGAUACUCGUAUUGUGCAUUCCUUCAGAAUCUCGGGAUCUGGCUUGAUCUACCUCAGACAACUAUUGGGACUGCAAUGGUUCUGUGCCAUCGCUUUUUUGUUCGUCGAUCGCACGCGUCUCAAGACAGAUUUUUAAUAGCUACUGCCACACUUUUUCUUGCCUCGAAGUCAGAGGAGACACCACGCGCACUUAAUGAUGUACUAAAGGUGUCUUCUGAAAUUCUUCAUGGUCAGGAGUUUGCUACUCUCUCAUUCAUGCUGCCUCUUGAUUGGUUCGAGCAAUAUCGGGAGCGGAUACUGGAGGCUGAGCAAUUGAUUUUGACAACUUUAAAUUUUGAGCUAGGUGUGCAGCAUCCCUAUGAAUCAUUGACAUCCACUCUUCAAAAGUUAGGUUUUCCGCAUUCUGGAUUUGUGAACCUGGCAUUGAGCUUGAUCAGUGAAGGGCUUAGGAGCUCACUUUGGCUCCAAUUCAAACCUCACCAGAUAGCUGCUGGUGCUGCUUACCUCGCUUCCAAAUAUUUAAAUUUGAAUCUUUCUUCAUCUGACAAUGUUUGGAAGGAGUUUUAUACGCCACCAUCUGUACUAAGGGAUGUUGCGCAUCAACUGAUGGAACUAUAUUGAAAUAUCUAAUAGUUAUGACUUAUGAUCAACCUCCCAUGCUCUCGGCCUCCCGAGUCCUGUUCAAUAUUCACGUGAUUUGCGGAGUUAUGGUAUUCUUCUUUUCUAAAGAUGUUACAGUGUAAUCGUGGAUCUUGUGUUGUAUGUUUUCGAAAUGGUGUUAAUUUUGAUACUAUAGCAAGAAAACACCUUGAAUUUCUGUUCAUUCUUGAUUUACUUUGGUAACACAUGCUUGUAAUCGUGGAUGGAUCUAUAGUGAUAUUCCUUUUGUCUUCAUUUUCUUUUGUUCAUGGACAAAUUGUGGAGGUCAGAAAGUAAGAAUAACAAUUCUAGCUCUUUUUUUACAAUUAUGCAAUUUCCAGUGGUGG